AUGUCCGCUACUCCAAAGAGGCCGCUGUCGGCCGCACAGGGUCGGAAUUCGACCGACAAUACGUCGCCGUCGAGACAGAGUCGGUCCUCGACUCCCGCAUCGUCGACGAACGGGGCAGCCUCCAAUAGCAAUGGCGGCACACCGUCGAGGACACGAUCUACCCGGGGCGGCACCCCCAUGUCCGCUCGGGCGGCCGCCACACACAGGGCAACCUCAUCACUGAGCAUUUCCAGCACCGCGUCAGAUGCCGAGGCGCGGGCCGAGACCGUCGCCUUGAUCGGCGACCUCAAGGCGCGCCUGCAGAAGGCCGAUGCUGCAUCUGAGCAACACCGGAAACAGGCCGAGGUGCUGCAGUCGAGACUCGACGACGCCCUCAAGGAGCAGGCGAAACUGGAAGAGAGGGUGCACGAGAGCGAGGAGCAGAUCGAGGCCCUCCGCAACGAGAAGAGGGAGGCGGCGAGGCAGAUGCGCGAGAUGGAGGCCAUCUACGAGGCCGAGAGGGGCUCGAUGAUGAAGGAGAAGGAGGAGAUGGCCAACCGGGAGGAGGAAAUGCAGUCUGUCAUUAACCGCCUCAAGGAGGCGCUCAACCAGCGGAAUGCCGACGAGGAAUCUCGGCCGACCAGGCAAACGAGCACCACCUCGCCCAGCGCAGACGGCGGCAGCUUCGCCCCGCCGUCCUCGGUCCAGCGCAGCGACUCGAGGAACAACUCGAAGCUGCUGCUGCAGAAGGACAAGCUGAUCGAGUCGCUGCGGCUCGAACUCGCCGAGGCCCAGAUCAAGCUCGUCGAGACGGAGAACCAGGGCGGCGGCCGCCUGCGUGAGGUCGAGCGCCUGCUCGUCGAGGCCCGCAUGGCCAACGCCCGCCUAAUGGAGGACAACGAGUCCUACCAGCUACUGCUGCAGGAGAAAACCCUCCACGGCGACUUCGGCAAGGGCGACUUCAGCUACAUGAGCGUCGCCGCCAACCAGGAUGCUCUCAACGCCCUCGAGGGUCGCUCGAGCGCGGGCGACCGCCCGUCGACGCCACCGGCGUCCAGCCUAGCGGACGAACUCGGCGCCAUCGGCGACGAGUCGCCCAAGCCGGCCGCCCCGCUCGAGGACGAGAACACGCGCCGCCUCGAGGCCGAGCUCCGCAGCGCCAAGGACCAGAACAAGGCGUUGACCCUGUACAUCAACAAGAUCAUCGAGCGGCUCCUCUCACACCAGGAGUUUGAGCACAUCCUCGACCAGUCCUCCGACUUCAAGCCCGGCGCCCCCAACGCCAACAAUAGCAACACGCUCAAGGACCUCCCUGCCCCACCGCCGUCAGCGUCCCUCGACCUCCAGCACGUGGGAGGGCUAGCAUCGUUUUCUCAGCGCCCCAAGUCGACGACCAGUAGCGCGAGCAUCCUGCAGCGGCCGAAGCCGCGUCCGAUCACGAUGUCGGCGGCGCAGCUAGCGCAGAUCUCGGCGUUGCCGUCGGCUGUAUCAAACCCAGACACGGCACCGAGCAUCCCCAUCGGGCUCGGCCGGUCGCACAGCACAGCGCGGCGGAUACCCGUGCGCCCCAUGAGUGAGCAGCUCACGGGGGCCGCAGGUAUCGUCAACGCGAUGUACAAGGGUCCCCUCGACGGCCCGCUGUCGCCGACACUAAGCUCGCGGUCGUCGCGGCACUCGCAAGGGUUCUUCUCCCCCACCUCCUCCGGGGGAGUGAUGACGCCCCGGACCACGGGUGGAAGCACCGGCAGCGCGGGCAACUUCCCGGGCAUGCGCAGCGAGACGAGCAGCGUCAGCGGGGACUCGGCGGCAGAGGUGGCCACGCCGACGACCGCGAGCGCGAGCCCGCCGCGACCCGCGAGCACGUACGAGAAGAGUACCUACGAGAAGAGCACGCUUGCGGGGCGGAAGCCGCGCCCGCUGCGGCUUGUGCAGGAGACUGCCGAUGCAGCGCGCGCCGACAAGAGGUCGAGCUGGAUGGGCUGGGCGUCUGGCUGGGGACGCAAAGACGACGAGUCCGUGCGGUAA